AUGAUUACUAGAGAUAAUGCCAGUAACAACAAGAUAAUAGCUUCAGAGCUAUACUAUACUUUGAAGGGAAAUAUAGCUCAUAUCUUGAACUUGAUUGUGAAGGACAUUCUUCAAGCACUGAAACCUGGCAGUAACAGCCUAUAUCUACACAGUCAGCAUUGGCAAAGCUCCGAAUUCUCAGUCUUUGGAUUGAUCACAGCCCUCAACAAAGGCAAAAAUGGAAGGAUAUUUGCCAAUUCAUAG